CAUGGCCAAUUCCUUGGACUUGUGAGCGAGUCGGAGGUUGGAUCUACACCCAGCAGUCUAUUGGGGAAACUUUCACUUUUAUAAACAAGUGUCGGGCUGCACUGGUUGAAGAGGAUACGAGGUAGUGUCAUGGAGGAUGGGAAGCCGGUGUGGGCGCCCCACCCAGGAGAUGGGUUCCAGCUGGGGACCAUAGUGGACAUAGGAGCAGACAGUUUGACCAUCGAGCCGCUGAAACAAGGGCAAAAGAGCUUUACGGCCCAGAUCAACCAAGUGUUUCCGGCUGAGGAUGAUGUCAACAAACAUGUGGAAGACAACUGUUCUUUAAUGUACUUGAAUGAAGCCACACUCUUGAACAACGUCCGUGUGCGGUAUAGUAAAGACAGAAUUUAUACGUUUGUAGCUAAUAUCCUGAUAGCAGUGAACCCCUACUAUGACAUCCCAAAGCUCUAUGCUCCCGAGACCAUUAAACAGUACCAUGGGAGGUCCCUGGGCACCCUUCCGCCCCACGUCUACGCUAUUGCUGACAAGGCCUACAGGGACAUGAGGGUGCUGAAGAUGAGCCAGUCCAUCAUCGUGUCCGGGGAGUCUGGUGCCGGGAAGACUGAGAACACCAAGUUUGUCCUCCGAUACUUGACAACAUCCUAUGGAACAGGUCAAGAUAUUGAUGAGAGAAUAGUUGAAGCCAAUCCCCUGCUAGAAGCUUUUGGAAACGCUAAAACUGUCAGGAAUAACAACAGUAGUCGCUUUGGGAAGUUUGUAGAGAUCCACUUCAACGAAAAGAAUACUGUGGUGGGAGGCUUCGUGUCCCACUACCUGCUGGAGAAAUCCAGGAUCUGCCAGCAGAGCCAGGAGGAGAGGAACUACCACAUCUUCUACCGGCUGUGUGCUGGAGCCUCCGAGGACAUCAGGACCAAGUUCCACCUGGAAUCACCAGAUGCCUUCAGGUAUUUGAACAGAGGAUGCACUCGCUUCUUUGCAAACAAGGACACGGACAAACAUAUCCUUCAGAACCGCAAGAGUCCAGAGCACCUGAAGGCUGGGCCCCUGAAGGACCCUCUGCUGGACGACCAGGGGGACUUCAACAGGAUGUGCGGGGCCAUGAAGAAGAUCGGCCUGGAUGAUAUGGAGAAGCUGGACCUGUUCAGGGUGGUGGCCGGGGUGCUGCACUUGGGCAACAUCGACUUUGAGGAGGCAGGUAGCACAUCAGGUGGCUGCACUAUAAAGAACCAGUCAAGCCAGACGGUGGAGUACUGUGCUGAGCUGCUGGGUCUGGGAGAGCAGGACCUGAGUGUCAGCCUCACGUCCAGGGUCAUGCUCACCACAGCAGGGGGCGCCAAAGGAACAGUUAUCAAAGUGCCACUGAAAGUGGAGCAGGCAAACAACGCACGGGACGCCCUGGCCAAGGCUGUGUACAGCCGGCUGUUUGACCACGUGGUCACAAGGGUCAACCAGUGCUUCCCCUUCCACUCUUCUGCCAACUUCAUCGGGGUUCUGGAUAUCGCAGGCUUCGAGUACUUUGAGCACAACAGCUUUGAGCAGUUCUGCAUCAACUACUGUAAUGAGAAGCUGCAGCAGUUCUUCAACGAGCGCAUUCUGAAAGAGGAACAAGAGCUGUAUCAGAAGGAGGGCCUUGGAGUGAACGAGGUCCGGUACGUCGACAAUCAGGACUGCAUAGACCUCGUGGAGGCCAAGCUGGUGGGCAUCCUGGACAUCCUGGAUGAAGAGAACCGUCUACCUCAGACCAGUGACCAGCACUUUGCAGAGACCGUACACAACAAACACAAGAACCACUUCCGACUGACCGUGCCCCGGAAAUCAAAGCUGCAAGUUCACAGGAAUGUGAGGGAUGACGAGGGAUUCAUCAUCAGACACUUUGCAGGAGCUGUGUGCUAUGAGACGACCAAGUUUGUGGAGAAGAACAAUGAUGCACUGCACAUGUCCCUGGAGUGCCUAGUGAGUGAGUCUAAGGACCGGUUUAUCCGGGAGCUCUUUGAGAACUCCAACAACACCAAGGACUCGAAACAGAAGGCCGGCAAGCUCAGCUUCAUCAGCGUAGGCAACAAAUUCAAGACCCAGCUGAACAUUCUACUGGAGAAGCUUCGCAGCACGGGCUCCAGUUUCAUCCGUUGUAUCAAGCCCAAUCUGAAGAUGGUCAGCCACCAGUUUGAAGGGGCCCAGAUCCUCUCUCAGUUGCAGUGCUCAGGAAUGGUGUCCGUGCUGGACCUGAUGCAGGGAGGCUUCCCCUCCAGAGCGCCAUUCCAUGAGCUCUACAACAUGUACAAGCAGUACAUGCCUGCCAAGCUGACUCGCCUGGACCCAAGACUCUUCUGCAAGGCUUUAUUCAAAGCGCUGGGACUCAACGAGAAUGAUUACAAGUUUGGGCUGACCAGAGUGUUCUUCAGACCUGGGAAGUUUAAGGAGUUUGAUCAGAUCAUGAAGUCGGACCCAGACCACCUGGCGGAGCUGGUGAAGAAGGUCAACCAGUGGCUCAUCUGCAGCCGCUGGAAGAAGGUCCAGUGGUGUUCCCUCUCUGUCAUCAAACUGAGGAAUAAGAUGCUCUACCGUGCCAGUGCCUGCAUCAAGAUGCAGAAGACGGUGCGCAUGUGGCUGUGCAGGAGGAAGCACAAGCCGCGGAUCGAUGGGCUGGUGAAGGUGCGUAACCUGAAGAACAGGAUGGAUAAGUUCAACGAGGUGAUCGCCGGCCUGAAGGAGGGGAAGCAGGAGAUGAGCAUGCAGAUUCAGGGGCUGGAAGAUGCCAUCAACACAACCAUGCUCAAAAUCAAGACCACAGCAAUGACCCGCAUUGACAUGGACCAUGAGUACCAGGCCCUGGUCACCAGGUCAGAGGAGCUGCUGACGGCCAUGCAGAACAAGAAGAAGGAGGAGGAGGAGAAGGAGCGACUGAAGAAGAUCCAGGAGGAGAUGGCGAGAGAGAAGAAGAGGAGGGAGGAGGAGGAGCAGCGCCGCAAGCAGGACAAAGAGGACAGGCGUCUGAAAGCAGAGAUGGAGCAGAAGCGGAAACACGAAGAAGAGGAGCGGAAGCAGAGAGAGAAAGAGGAGAGGAAGCUUCAGGCAGAGAUGGAUGUUCAGCUGGAGGCUGAGCGGGAGGAGGCGGCCGCGCGUCAGAACAUCCUGGAGCAGGAGAGGCGCGACAGGGAGCUGGCCAUGAGGAUCGCCCAGAGCGAGGCUGAACUCAUCCCAGAGGACACCCAGAAUGACGCAGGCCUGCGCAGUAACGGCACCUCAGGUGGUCCAUCCUCCCCAGAGAGAGCUACUGGAGCUGGUGGAUCUCAAAAGCUCAAGAGCAUGUCCAUGGAGGAAAUGGCCAAGGAAAUGUCUGAGCUUCUGUCUAGAGGCCCACAGGUUCAGGCUACCAAAGCUGCUGCUGCUGGCACCAAGAAGUACGAGCUCAGCAAGUGGAAAUACGCCGAGCUGAGGGACGCCAUCAACACAUCCUGUGACAUUGAGUUGCUGGCUGCCUGCCGAGAAGAGUUCCACCGCCGGCUGAAGGUCUACCACGCCUGGAAGUCAAAGAACAAGAAGCGUGGCAACAACCCCGGCGUCACAGAGCAGAGGGCCCCCAAAUCAGUCACUGACUAUGCCCAGGCGAACUCAGCCCCGCCCAUCCCAGCCAGGCAACAUGAGGUGGCCAUGAACAGGCAGCAGCGCUACUUCCGCAUCCCCUUCAUCCGGCCCGGGGACCAGUACAAGGACCCACAGAACAAAAAGAAGGGCUGGUGGUACGCCCACUUUGAUGGGCCCUGGAUCGCAAGGCAGAUGGAGCUGCACCCGGACAAGCAGCCCAUCCUGCUGGUGGCAGGGAAAGACGACAUGGAGAUGUGUGAGCUGAGCCUGGAGGAGACAGGCUUGACAAGGAAGAGGGGAGCUGAGAUCCUGCCCCGGCAGUUUGAGGAGAUCUGGGAGCGCUGCGGGGGCAUCCAGUACCUCCGGAGAGCCAUCGAGAAACAACAGGCCCGCCCCACCUACGCCACAGCCAUGCUGAAGACCCUCCUCAAGUAAAGGGUGUUGGGUGAAUUUGCCCCUAGUCGCUGAUUGUGGGUCAGUUUAGCAUUUUCCCCACCUAAAGGUUAAGGUUAGGAUUGGGGGACGGGAAGCUGAUCCUAGAUCUGUACUCUGGGAAACUUCACCCUGGAGCUAAAGCCCCCUGUCUUAAACCACGGGCAUUUCUCUCACUACAGCAAAGGGAAGAAUGCACUAAGCUACUGUACCUAACACAGUGGGUAUUCAAGCCUACUGUACCUAACACAGUGGGUAUUCAAGCCUACUGUACCUAACACAGUGGGUAUUCAAGCCUACUGUACCUAACACAGUGGGUAUUCAAGCCUACUGUACCAUGUUUUGACUGGGGGCAAGUCAUAAAUUAACCACUUUUUGUUAAUUGUCUUUUUUCUUUUGUUCAUGUUGUUGAUCUUGGCUGCUUUCAAUUGUCUUGAUGUAUUAUUUCUUGGUGUGUGCGGGGGAAUUUGCAGUGAACCUAUGCAGAGGAAUCGGACAGUGACUAAAUAUUACAUCUAGUUUUGUUUCUCGAGCAAAUAUGGAUGUUUUCCUUUUAAUAUUCCUGCUACUUUAACUACGAGGCCUUAUUAAAACUACUUUAACUACGAGGCCUUAUUAAAACUACUUUAAUAGGGUAAUUUGCUGAAAGUAGGAAGUGUUUCAAAGCUGCCUCCAAAUAAGUUUUGACUAUUAAAUUGUUGUUUAAUAUUAUAUAUUUGUGAUUUUAAAUGAAGUCAACAUUUUGUCUCUGCAGUCUUAACAGCUUGUUGAUAAUUUCACUCAAACCGAUACUUGCUGUUUAUUUUCACGUAGUAAUUAUAGGACAAUACUUGCACAAGAGAGGGAUAGAAAUGGGCUAGGUUGGGGUAGAAAUGGGCUAGGUUGGGGUAGAAAUGGGCUAGGUUGGGGUAGAAAUGGGCUAGGUUGGGGUAGAAAUGGGCUAGGUUGGGGUAGAAAUGGGCUAGGUUGAGGUAGAAAUGGGCUAGGUUGGGGUAGAAAUGGGCUAGGUUGGGGUAGAAAUGGGCUAGGUUGGGGUAGAAAUGGGCUAGGUUGCAACUCUGUUUUCUCAUGUGAGGCAGUUAUACUUGAGCGUCAGGUUCUUCUCUAAGGAUAUUUUUUAGUAACUGCACAUAAAUUCACAUUAAUUUCUAAUUAUAAUAUUUGACAAUACUGUAAUAAGUUUUUACCUCUGGCUUUCAGACUGAAUGUAAUAUGGGUUUGUUGAUUUGUUCCUUUAGUCCUUACUGUUUGGUUAGGAGCGGUUUGUUUUAUUCUUCAUAUGUGUGAUUUAGGUUUGCUAAUGAAAGUUAAAUAAAUAUUUCCUUUUCACAUUCCCCAACCAUUCAUUACUAAAGCCACAUGGUUGAAAUUGUCUCAUGUUCUACACAUGAAACAAUGCCUAUUCCAAAUAUUGAAACAAAAAGAAAAAUAAUGAAUGAAUCAAACUUAAUUAUGAGAAGUGAAUAAUACAAAUCUUGAGAUACUCUACGAUGUCGGACCAAAUGUGUGUAUGGGACAAAAACUGAAUAGGGAAAUCGUGUUGAUGUCUUCUUGACCCCAACUUCAUUCAAGCUCAUA